AUGGCCAACCAUCAGAAAUUGCUUAACUUGGAUACUUUAGGCUGGACUUAUGAGUCGGCAAGAAUCCUGGUGAUCAGACUUGUACAGUAUUAUGGUCUCGAGAAGACUGUUUGGAAAGGCUAUCGGCCUGCGGCACUUAUCGAGGCUACUCUCAAGCAUGUUACAUCGCCGGAUACCUUUAUGACUUUCUUUCUCUCAUAUAUCUAUGAGGACCUGUGUUCGGAUGAAGGACAUGCUGUUGUUGGUGAUUCCGAUAUUACACACGCCUUGGUAUUCCUCGAGGGAUUUUCUUCAUGGGAGCCAGAACAAAUACACAAAGGCCUAGAAAGGUUUGUUGAGUAA